AUGUUGGUGCUGCAGACACUACCCCUGCCCCCUGUAGUAAUUUAUUCCCCCACAGCAACCUUGGAAAAUCAGGGUCGAUUCACUCGAUCGGCAUAUCGUCUAAGUGGAGCACUGAUGCAUAAGGUCUGGUCAGUUCGUUAUCAUCCCACUCGCGAUCAGUUGUUAGUGUCUGCGGGCAGCGACUCCUACGUUUGCCUUUACGGUUUACCCAGCUACUCCAGCGACGUCAAAGAGUUUCCUCCGUUUUCUACCAAUCGGGUGCCUGCACGCUCCACCUCCUCCGGGCUGGCGGCCAAUUUGGACGACCUGGAGGCGGCUUCUGCUACAACCUACGGCUCUACCAUCUCUGAUAAGCUGCAGGACGGUCUGCUGGCCAAGGUGGACCAACACGAGGAGUGCGUGUAUGCCGUGGACUGGAGCCCUGUGGAUACCUGGGUGUUUGCCUCUGUCAACUACGAUGGUACCUUCCUAGUCAAUCGUGUGCCCGACUCCAUCAAGCUCGGAAUCCUGCUGCAUGAAGAGGACGAGGAGGAAUUGGAGGAGUAG